AUGGAAAGCCGCAUCGGCACUCAUGCCAGGUUGGCGAGCACGUCAGUCAAGAUGCUAAGGCAGGUUGCUGUUACAUAUUCCCUGCUCUGUCUGACUUCUAGUGUGGAUGCGUUCUUCAACGGAAGCACUGGCGUGACCAGAGGGACAAAACCUUCAACCCUUCCAGGUCAGUGCGAGCUUUUUCCGGCGCAAGACUUCCUGGGCCACGAUAUCAACAACGGGUGCCGCAACCCGCAGCCGUCAGCAGCUGCGUGCUGUUCCAGCUGCGACAGCACCGCUGGGUGCGUGGCGUGGACUUGGCAUGGCAGCGUCAACCCAGGCGCCUGCAACGUCUGGGGCGAGUGCUGGCUCAAGGACUCCGUCACUGUGCUCGUGCCUUCAACGGACUCCCAGGCAGUUGCUGGGAGAAGCUCUGCGGUUCCAUCGACCCAAGGGACUUGCGACCACUUCCCCGCACAGGACUUCGUGGGACACGACAUCAACAAUGGGUGCGAGAACCUGCAGCCUUCUGCAUCUGCUUGCUGCGCUAGCUGCUACACAAAUGACCAUUGUGUGGCGUGGUCCUGGCAUGGGAGCAUCAACCCAUCAGCCUGUAACGUCUUUGGCGAGUGCUGGCUGAAGGACAUGGUGGCUUCGCUGUCCUCCUCGAGCGACCCCCAAGCAGUGGCCGGAAAGUUGAAGAAUGUGGUCAUCCCAACGACUCCAAUUGGCUCGUACUGCGCCGCCCAGACGCACCUGGGCUUCGAUUUCUACGGCGUCGACCUCAACAACGGUGCCCAAAACCCCCAACCCACGGCGGACGCGUGUUGCAAUUCUUGCGAGUCAGACCCUUACUGCGUGGGCUGGACGUGGCAUGGCGCUCGCAAUCCCCAGGGCUCCAACGUGUUCGGCGAAUGCUGGCUCAAAAGCAGCCUCCCCGAUUAUCCCCAACGGUCCAACGACCCUACGGUGGUGACUGGCAGGAUGCUCCGCAGCAUCUGCGAUGGCAUUACCCCGAACAAAUGUUACGAUGCGGAUAACGUCGGCUUCACUUGUUGCCCCGGACGGUGCUCAGCACAGACUUCUCCCGUGGCCCUCUGUGAUUACGGCGACGAAAAGCCAUCCAAUGACAGUCUCAUCGAGGUGGAAUUUAUUACGACCAUAGAGGGCUACGCCUUCUCAGAGCUCACCCAAAAGAUGAUAGAUGCAUACAUCACCGCAUUCUCGUCUCAAGGAGACGUGAUGGAGGUGGCGGUUAUCGAUAUCACUGAAGGAAGUUUCCGAUUCAGGACAAGGAUUCGGAUAUUUUCGAGAGGUGUGGGUGCCGUAUUUCGAGGAGCUAAGAAGCUCAUCGAGGGAACCUUCCGGGCCGGGAUAAAUAUCAUUUUUAGUGUGUUCCAGGUGCUAAAUCCAGGAAUAGCCCCAUCACGAUUGGUGGCACUUCUGCACACAGUAAUGGACAAGAUCUCACAAAGACUUUCUACACUUCCCAUUGCACAGCACCAACAAGCCCACGCGUCUGCUUUGGUGCCGAGGUCGAAAAAGGGGUAG